AUGUCCAUCGCUUGUCUUCCCAUUGAGUUGGUGAGGAAAAUCUGCACCUAUCUGCAGCUACCAGCCUGGUGUGCGCUUCGACUGACUUGUCGGUCGCUCUACAACAUCACUCUCGAUUCCUUUCGACGCGUCUUCCGCAGCAUCUCCGUCUUGUGCACCUCCGGCGGACUGUGCCAACUCUAUGAGCUUUCCAUGCACGAGGGUAUUCGCCAACAUGUCGAGGAGCUCAGACUUCGACAGCAGCAGCCUGAGGAGGAGUACUCAGCUUCAGCCCACAUCUCGCAAUACUAUCAGGAUUUUCACUUCGUCAUGAAAGAUCAUCGACCCAUACUGAAAUCGCCGACUGCCAUCCGCGUUCUCCGACACUGUAUGAGCCGUUUUGUCAACUUAACUACAGUCGGGUUACGAUAUCGCCCUGCCGAAGGAAGUCGUGACUCGAUAUGUCUAGGCUGGCGCAGUCUAACAGACGACCUCGGCUUUCCCCCCAAGUUCCCCAAGGAACUCCGCCGGCAUGAAUUGAUCUCCAGAGAGCAGGAUCGAGCUUUCUGCGUCCUUGUUAGAGCCCUGAUUGCGAGGGAAUGGACAUCCUUUGUUUCCCUCAUGAAAGGCUUGUUGAACUUACACCUUUGUCUGGAGGGAACACAGGAGGGCGACCAUCCAGAACGUCCCCGUGAGCUGUUGACAGCCGUUGGCCCGACUCUCGAGGUACUACGGUAUCAAUUCGACUCCAUCAACGCGUCUUACCCCCCUACAACUUUCCCCAUUCUUGAGAUCUUCCCGGGAAUACAGUUUCCACGCCUGCGCGAAGUCCGUUUGCAGAAUCUAGUGGUCCCGCCGGAAGCCCUGAUGGAAUUUCUUCGUGCUGUCUCGCCUACCUUGACCGACCUGACUCUGAAAUCAGUCAGUCUAGCCCAGCCUGACGAUCCGUACGGCCCUUUGCCCCAAGAAGACUCCCCAGAGGAGACCAAGCACCGUAGCGAUACGGCUGCUUAUGACGUUGCGCGAACCGGCCUUUCCUUCCACGGUUGGGUGAACCAGCUACGUUUAAAAUGACUGCUAACUUGCUGGCCAGUAUGCUAGAGCAC